UAGCCUAAGUAGCCACAAUUUGUGGCUUCUAGGACCUGGCUAAGCUGACUUUCUACGCCCUGAGAAAAUUUGCGAGGAAUACGAGCUGAAAAUGAUUAUGUCAUUCAAGGCAAUAUCAAUACAUAUAUAUAUAUAUAUAUAUAUAUUGAACGGACACUCUUAUGAGAACGGCUGUUCUUUUUGACAUUUUCAUGUUGGUUGGGUGAUAUAACAGAGACCUGUUGUGAUGCUUUAUCCGGCUUGAAAAUCAGGAUCUACAGCUACCCAGUACCCCAAAACUCGGCUUUGUUUCUCCAUCGUAAAGAGCCCUUGGUAUCAAAGAAUGCGAGGAGGCGCUCAACAUAUUCCACUUGCCUAACAAAAUGAAGUCAUUCGCGUGCUGGCUUAUUGCCGCCAUUUCAUUAUCUACCCGCUCAUGGGCAGCUCCUUCCCCGGUAGAUUGGAUAGAUCAGAAAUGGGAUGCCAUUGUCAUUGGGGCCGGCACUGCUGGCAUUAUCGUUGCAGAUCGCUUAAGCGAAGGGGGGAAGAAGACCCUCCUGCUCGAGAUUGGUGGUCCAUCAUACGGUAUCACGGGAGGAACUGAGAAGCCUGCGUGGCUCACUGGCUCAUCGCUCAGCCGUGUUGACGUCCCCGGGCUAUACAAAAGUAUAUUCAGCGGGAGCAAGACCCUGCUUUGCCCGUCCGGCAUCGUCAAUAGCUAUCAGGCAUGCACAAUUGGCGGCAAUAGCGCCAUCAACGCGGGGCUAUUUUUCCAGCCUCCAGCGUCGGACUGGGACGACUACCACCCGAAAGGAUGGAAGAGCGCGGACGUCCAACAUGCUACCAGUCGACUACUAGCGAAGCAGGCACCUGUUACAGUGUACUCUCAGGACAAGAAAUUCUACUUGCAAAGCGGCUACAAGGCCGCGAAGAAAUGGCUCGUGGAGUCCUCUGGGUUCUCAAACGUUUCGAUUAAUCGCGAGCCGGAUAACAAAGACAGGGUUUUCGGGAGGCCGGCCUACAACUAUAUUGGUGGUCAGCGAGGAGGGCCCGUACGCACGCAUCUGCAAGAUGCACUGAAGCGCAAGAACUUCCGCUUGCAGAGCGGCGUGAGGGUCUGGCGGAUCAACCAGGUCCGCGGAGCAGCUUCUGGCGUCCAGGCUGAGGUGAACAAUCACAACGUUACCAUUUCAUUGUCUCCGGGCGGACGAGUAAUUGUUAGCACGGGCGCGGUCGCCUCGCCAGGUCUGCUCAUGCACUCUGGCAUUGGUCCGCGGGAUAUGCUAUCUAAGCUAUCGACAGCCGGAACGUCGUCUUCCAACUGGGUCAUCAAUAGCGAGGUGGGCAUGGGGCUUUUUGAUAACCCUAAUACUUUCAUCGAGCUCUCGGGGCCGGGAAUAGAGUCGUACACACAUAGUUACGAUAACCCCAAGCCCUCAGACAGAGACUUAUAUCUGAAGCACCGGAGCGGCCCCUACGCUGUCGCUUCGCAGACCUCUGUCUUCUGGGGCUAUGUUCCUAACCCGGAUGGCAGCAGGACGGGAGUUCAGGGAACCAUUGACUCCUCAGGUUUCACCGACUUCGUAGGAAGUAAUACGAUCACUCUGAAUAUUUAUGGCACCUCGGGAUUGCUGUCAUCUGGGAGGGUCGUGCUUGAUGGUAAAUUCGUCCCCACGCCUAGUUCCGGCGUUUACUACUCGCACCCCCGCGAUGGGAUGAAUAUCGCCAAAUUCAUUUAUUCCAUCUUCCAGCAUCUCCCAAGCUCAACCCCUCAAGCUCCCUCUGCUGUAGGGCUUACACCUUUGAACAUCCCUCGACACUCUACGGUGCAAGAGAUAUACAAGUAUAUCACCACGCCGUCUGCCUAUGCUGUGGGGUCGGUGCAGCAUUGGUCUAGCUCAUGUAGAAUUGGACGCUGCGUCGACGCGGAUACAAGGGUCAUUGGCACGACGAAUAUCUUCGUCGUCGAUGCGUCAAUCGUGGCGCCUUUGACUGUGAACCCACAGUUCGGGGUCAUGGUGGCUGCUGAGAAGGGCGCUGAGAGAAUCUUGGCCACAUGGUCGCGGUAGGAUCAUGAUGCUAUGCUCUUGUUUCGCGAAGAUCACAGUAUUCCCGUGGUGGAGGUUAACGGCAACCAUUCACAGCCGACCGGAGGAGACUAAAAAGGCAGUGCAGUGCCCGACGCCAAAUCCGAGGUGAACCUCGAAGAGUUGUAUUUCAGAGGGGUUCUUGCUCGAGAGGGGUUUAUCUGCUUUGCAGC